GCGAGACGCGUCUAACUCGGAUGAUCUCAGUUCCCCGCGUCUCCCUGAACCUUCGGGAUGACAGUGAUCAAUAUCCCAUCAUAAGCGGAGCGACAUCUCAGUAAAGGAACUGGUGGAGUUAAGAUUCAAUUUACCGACCGGUGACAAGGACUUAAAGCUUCCUGUACCCCUCCUUAUAAGAAGCACCAUCCAUCUCCAUCUCCCAACGCCAGUCCACAUCCUCCUGCGCCAAAUCAAAGAUUCCCUCCUGUUCGCUCUCUGUCCAGUAUCACAAUAUCUCAAUUUCCGAAUUUUGUGUCUUGACAAAUAAAAACAAACUAUCCCACGUCUACCGACAUGGCUCUCAACCGCAAGACGACAGAGACCAUCAAGGUUGACAGACUGCCACGGAAAAUUGCCCUUGAGGAAGCAGUCGGCAGCCCCUUCUUCGUCGCCCACGGAACACACCCUCCCACUCCCAUGAUAAUCGGCAUGAAAGAUGGACUCCCACCAUACAACACUCCUUUUCUCGAAGAUAUCGAUGAUCGCCUAAACAACGUCUCGAAGCGUCUCGAGUCAAUGGAUGCGUCCGGCAUCGCUUACGCGAUCGUGUCGCUUACCUGCCCUGGUGUUGAGGGCAUCCUGGACGCCGACGAGGCAGUCGAUCUAGCGCGAAAGACCAACGACGCUCUGUACGAGAUGUACGUCAAGGCGCAUCCCACGCGCUUCGGCUUCUUCUGCUCAGUACCGAUGCAGAAGCCAGAGGAGGCAGCGAAGGAGCUGGAGCGCUGUGUGAAGGAGCUCGGCGCGAAAGGUGCGCUGAUCAACGGCUUCACGAACAUUGAUAAGAACGACGUCAGCAAGGUACGGUACCUCGAUGAUCCGGUCUGCGAACCUUUCUGGAAAAAGCUCAGCGAGCUGGAUGUCCCGCUGUAUCUGCAUCCACGAAUUCCUCCCUUGGACCAACAACGAAUGUAUGUGGAUCUGCCAAACUUAUCGCAAGCUGCCUAUGGAUUUGGUGUUGAGACAGCGGGACACUCACUGCGGAUCAUGUGCUCUGGUAUCUUGGACAGGUACAAGAAUAUCCAAAUUAUUCUUGGGCACUGCGCAGAGUCACUGCCGUUCUUGGUGCACCGCAUUGACCACCGGAUGGCGAUUGGAAUCAGGGGUACUAAUGGUCCUUAUGAGAAGUCCAUGAUGUAUUACCUCCAGAACAACUUCAUCGCUACGUUGGCUGGUGUGCGGAGGGAAAGCACGAUGCGUAAUACGAUUGAUGAGAUGGGCGAGUCGAGGGUCCUAUUCAGUGUAGACUACCCGUAUGAGAGUAAUGAGGACGCGGCGGAUUGGUUCGAUGGGAUGCAACUGAAUGAGAAUACCCGGUCGGCGAUAGGAUGGGAGAACGCGAGGCGGAUCUUCAAACUUGCAUGAUGACAGGACCGAAGCACAUAGAAUUACAGGCAUUUUUA